CUUCUGUUGAAUACUCACAGCACACAAACGAGAUGCGCAGCUUCUUCGCCGUGCUUUUGGCUCUGAUCGUUUCCGUCUUAGCUGUCAGCUCUGCGAAUCCGUUGCUCUACCGUAAUCCACAGAUGUACGAUGACACGCAGUUCGUAAAGAGGAGCAAUGCAGAGUUGAUAAAUGGCCUCAUUGGAAUGGACCUCGGCAAGCUGUCGCAAGUCGGCAAGCGAUCGAACGCUGAACUGAUCAACGGUCUAUUGGGCAUGAACCUGAACAAGCUGAGCUCAGCUGGACGUCGAUAACUCGCUCGUCCGCUCAGAUCAACCAACUGCUUUCUAACAUCAUAGCAGCAUAAGUAGUCACAUCUCACUAUAUCCUCCCGUUCCCGAAUCUGAGCCGUUUGUACCGAGUAGAGAAAGGCAGUUGCCAAUACGUUAUGUCUGUCAUAGUCACAGUCAGUUCAGUCAGUGUGUUACCCCUUUUCGAGUGUUCAUCUUCAUCUUAUGGGUGUCCGUGUGUUGUUUAUUCAUCGAUACUCUCCGGUGUUUGAGCUGAUCUCACACUAUCUCAGUGUUCAUCUCGUCCCCUUUGCGUCAGAUGAUGUGACCGUACACUACGGUCGCAUCUCUGACAUCUCGCUCUCGCCAAAUUCACGUCGAACUAUGCAAUUGAUGAAUGAAAUUCAGAUGGU